UAUAUCGUCCCUUCUAAUUGGACUUCCCCCUUGUGAACUUGGUCUAAUCAGGUGGCAGCAAGAAAGAAUGCCGUCAAUUGAAGCUCUGGCGAUGGCCGGAGCAGAUUACUUGGAGUGUGGAAUCAGCCUCGUGGAGAGGGAUCGAAGAGAAACGCCGCAGUAUCUCUUGGCAGAGGAAAAUCCAAAGAGAAGCAGAGAGGUCAAGCUGUCGUCGGCUCCUUCUCGGCAACUGCGGGCGAAGGGUAAGCCGCCGGUGGCUACUUCCGAUCACAUGUAUGUGGCUAAAGGAUAAUUUAAGUCUGUGUUACUGUACAAUUAACUAAAACAUGUUCAGCAAUGAUGAGUGAAGUCGAAGGGUUGUUUCAUUUCGAAUGUUCUAGCUAGUCAGCAAAUGGAAAAGUUAAGAGGAAACAAUUAUUAUGUAUGUUGUCGUAUCUUCCGAUUGUUCUGUAUAUAUGUUGUGUAGCCAAAGUUAUGUACUGACGUAGAAUUCCUUUUC